AUGGUGGCCACAGAUACCGGCGCAGCCGUCUACGAUGCGGCAUUGAAGCGUCGCCAGAACCUAAUGGGUGCCUCCGGCCCCGCGGCCUUGGUGAAGAACUUUAAGGUCUUCCGAAUUGCUGCUUUCGCAUGUAUUGGUGGUGUUCUGUAUGGAUACAACCAAGGGAUGUUCUCAGGUGUCUUGGCAAUGCCGUCUUUCCAAGCGCAUAUGGGAGAGUACGAUCCACUCGACCCGAACGCUGACCAGACUAAGAAAGGGUGGCUCACUGCCAUUCUCGAGUUGGGCGCUUGGAUCGGGACUUUGCUUUCUGGGUUCCUCGCGGAGGCAAUCUCUCGGAAGUACGGUGUUCUUGUUGCCGUCGUAGUCUUUGUCGUAGGAGUCAUCAUCCAGGCGACAGCACAAAGUGGCGGGCCUAAUGUCAUCUUGGCAGGCCGCUUUGUUACGGGUAUGGGAGUCGGAAGUCUCGCUAUGAUUGUACCCAUCUACAACUCCGAGGUUGCCCCACCAGAAGUUCGAGGUGCGUUGGUCGCUCUGCAGCAGUUGGCUAUCACCUUUGGCAUCAUGGUCAGCUUCUGGAUCGACUAUGGAACCAAUUACAUUGGCGGCGUUGACCUUGCCACCCAAAAGGACGGCGCCUGGAUCGUACCUAUCUGCCUACAGCUCGGCCCCGCCGCAAUCUUGUUUGCUGGUAUGCUAUUCAUGCCAUUCUCUCCGCGUUGGCUGGUCCAUCACGACCGCGAGCCGGAGGCGCGGAAGAUAUUGGCAAACCUGCGCGGUCUACCCCAGGACCAUGAGCUUGUAGAGCUAGAGUUCUUGGAAAUCAAAGCACAAUCACUCUUCGAAAAGCGUACUGUGGCCGAGCACUUCCCUCACCUCCGCGAGCAGACUGCCUGGAACAUCUUCAAGUUACAGUUUGUCGCCAUCAAGUCGUUAUUCCAGACCAGAGCUAUGUUUAAGCGAGUUAUCGUAGCGACUGUAACGAUGUUUUUUCAGCAGUGGACGGGUAUCAACGCUGUCCUCUAUUAUGCGCCCUCCAUCUUCAAGCAGCUCGGGCUAGAUGAUACCACAACAGGUCUCCUAGCCACAGGUGUGGUCGGUAUAGUGAUGUUCAUAGCCACCAUUCCCGCCGUCUUAUACAUCGACCGCGUAGGACGAAAGCCCGUGCUAGCUAUUGGUGCUAUCGGGAUGGCCCUCUGCCACUUCAUCAUUGCUGUUAUCGUAGCUAAGAAUGCCAACCAGUGGCAUGAGCAGGAGGCUGCGGGUUGGGCUGCCGUGGUCAUGGUUUGGCUUUUCGUUAUUCAUUUUGGCUACUCCUGGGGGCCUUGUGCCUGGAUUCUGGUUGCUGAAAUCUGGCCCUUGAGUUCGCGCCCUUAUGGAGUAUCCCUUGGAGCAUCAAGCAACUGGAUGAACAAUUUUAUUGUUGGGCAGGUGACGCCUGACAUGCUCCAGAACAUUGGGUACGGCACCUAUAUUCUCUUUGGUCUGCUGACUACGAUUGGCGCGGGAUUUAUCUGGUUCUUCGUGCCCGAGACUAAACGUCUCACACUCGAAGAGAUGGACGUGAUAUUCGGGUCAGAAGGUACAGCUGCCGCUGAUUUUGAACGCAUGGAGGAGAUUAACCGCGAGAUUGGGCUGUCCGCGAUGCUACACGGAAUGAAUGGUGGUAGCAGCCCUCCUAAUGUAGAGGAGAAGAAGGGUAGCAUUGAGGUGGAGAAGAGUGAGGCUACCUAA